AUGGAAGAGGCACGGAGGAGGAGGAGGAGAGAGGAGGAGAAGAAGAAGAGCAGAGGCCAGGCGGGGCCAAAUGGGUGGGUGUCGGCAGGAUGGACUUGUAGCCACGCCCACUCGCUGCUCUCCACACUGCAGUCUCAUCUCAGAGGAACAAGCCCAGACCGAAGGGCUGGCUGUAGAGUGUGUUUCGUGGGCCUGGUGCAGUCGUUCAGUCACUACAGUGCUGUGGCUCAGAGGCUGGGAGUAAAUCUGGUGCAGGCGAGAGAGAAAGGUCAGCUGGUGUUUGUAGAAGCUCUGAAGACCUCGGCUGCUGUGAUGCUCAAUGAGAGCAGUGAUGAAGCUGCACAGCUGUUUGAUUACCUCAGGUCCCCGGUCCCGGAACUCAGAGCUCUGUUUGAGUUUGUGAGUGUGUCUCUGAGGCAGCGCGAGGCAGAGGCAGACUCCAGCUCCACCCCGGUGCUGAUUGUGGAUGAUCUGAGUGUGUUGUUGAGUUUGGGCGUCAGUGUCGGAGCUGUGCUUGACUUCACACACUACUGUCAGGCCUCCAUCUGCUCUCGUCUGCAGGGCUCUGUUGUAACUCUGGUGCGAUGUGAUGAUGAGGAGAAUGAAGAUGAAGAUGAGAGCUCCAGCUGUCUCCUGCAGGCUUUGAGUCAUCAGUGCAUUCUGUCUCUGCGUGUUGAAGGGCUUCAGACAGGUUACUGCAGGGACAUCCACGGCCAGGUGGAGAUUUGGUGGAGAGGAAGCGGAGAGAGUGUGCAGAGCCAGAGGAAGAUCUUUCACUACAAGGUCCAUGAUAAAGGAGCGUCCUUCUUUGCACCAGGAACCUCGAGUGCUGUGCUUUAA